AUGUUUUGCGAUUCGGCGCUAAAGGGAAAAAGCACUUGUCCUGUUGGUUUCGAGUGUGCACCAAAUGGGGUACAAUUAUUGCGAAAUGAGCCAACGAAUGGUGGAUUUCGAUCAAAUGGUUUUCGAACAAGGAUUUCACAAAUUCAACAAGCUGACGUCAACCUCCCGUCAAGUCUUCGUGGCUACGGUACAAUCAGCUAUUGUCGACCGAUUCGAUUGGACACCGAAUUGGACGCUCAAAGCUUUGAGGAAUCAAGUUGGCCACACGUUCGACAAGUGAUUGGUGAUCCUCCAGAGGAGAUAAAUCAAGGGAAUUUUAAUCGUCUAACGGUUCAAGAAACAGUUUUGGAACAGUUAAACACGAAAAGUUUUGGGAGAAUGAAUUUGGCUGGAAAGUUGGCUGGAAAAGGAUUGACAAGCAGGGAUCUCGGUUUUGGUCAACUGCAAAUGGCCUUCAGAAGUCAAGAAAGAGCUUUGGGAAGAAUGGGAAGAUCGUCUCGUCGAAAGAGAUCUUUUUGGAAGAAAUUGGGUCGAGCUUUCAAACGAUUUGUCGGCGUCGCUCUGAAAGCUGUCACCGGUUUCGUUCGCUUUGGUCCUUUAACGAUUCGAUUUAACGGA